AUGCUUAAUAAGCAAGCAUUUCGACACAUAGAAAGACCUGGUUCGAAAUUAAGUUGGACAUGGCAAAAUAAGGAAGUAAUAUGGAGCAUGUCAGGAGCAGAAGCAACAGAACAAGGUGAUUGUACAAGAAUCCCAGGAAGGAUACCUCCACACUAUUGCAAGAAGCAACCAGAGAUUAUCGAUUUAUUACCAGGAGCACCUUAUAAUAUGCAAACAAGUAAUCGUUGUAAAGGUGGUGUAUUAACAACAGAAAUCCAAGAUCCUUUGAAACAUGGAGCAUAUUUUCAAAUGUCAGUUGGAAAGGAACUGUUUAUGGAGAUUAUUAAUGGCACUGCAACACCCAGUGUUAAUCAAACUGCGCCAGCUGAACCACCACCUGCCGAUGAUGGUGAUAAAGAGAAGCUGUCUCCGAGUAAAGAUGUAAGUUAUGAUAAGGAAUUCUAG